AUAAUCUUCAGAUCAAAUCAGUUCAAACUUCCAGGCUUAUUUAACCAGUUCCAUCCCUCCUUUUUUUAUUUCUCUCUUUCAGUUUUCCUGCUUCUUGUUCCGCAGCCAGCAUCAUCUGCAGGAUCUCUCCCUCCCCCCAAACUCUCGGUACAGACAAAUUAUCCCGAAUACUUUGAAGGCGAGAGGGUUGUGCUCAUAUGCUCAGCUUUCCUAAACAGGACGGUGGAGGGAUACAGGUUCUUCAAUCAGGAUGGGCAACAGAUUCUCAAAAUGGCUGCCGACCCUUAUCAAAAGGGCAGACUGAUUUUUAGGGCUGAAACAAGCAAGAUGGGAAAUUACAGCUGUGAUUACUGGAUGGGGAAAGCUGAUACAGAGGUCACAUCUGCCCGAAGCAACUCCAUCUCCCUACAAGUGAAAGAAGCCCCGGAAGCCCCUUCCCUCUCUUUAAACCCCAGCCUCCUUGAGUACAACCUGGGAGAUAAUGUCAGCCUUGUGUGCUCAGCUCCGCCUGAAAGAAAGGAAGUCAAGGAGUUCCAGUUCUAUAGCGACAAAGAGGAAAUAUCAGUUGUGCCUCCAUAUGGCAACGUCUACACUCACAACAUGAGCAUCAUGGAACCCAAAGAUGUGGGAAGCUUCAUGUGUGGUUACGUAGUGGACCUCUCUGGAAGAAAAGUUAUUUCAAAGAAGAGUAAUUCUGUCACCAUUGCUCAAACAAUCAACGGGAACUUAGUCAACUUUUCCAGCUGGAAACGGAUGGCGGCCAUUGGUGGCUCCUUCUUCACCAUCAACAGUCUCAUCUUCCUCAUCUCCCACUUGUGUUUUUAAACCACAGGUCUCGUCUUCAGGUGACUGUAAUAGUCCUCUUUGUCCGACUGAUGGCAGUCCGACCUCAGCUCUUCAUCAACCUGAUUAUGGAUUCAUUCACCAAAUGAGCCAGCUUCCCCCAUAAAUCACAUAACCAGGAGGAAAAAUCUGGAUCCAUCUUACACAAAAGAGCACAAACAGAGGGCUGUGGGGUGGAAACCAAGUUCUGGGGCAUGACAUUUGCAGUGGAAAUCAUUUUGAUUGCUCUGUCUCUACAGGCUUUAUCACAUAUUAUAAGUGACUUGCUGCAGCAAUUGUUUCAGGGGAGGUGGUAAAUUGAUGGCCUCGCACAAUCAUUUUGUUGUGUAAACCUGUCACAGGAAUGAGGACCUUCUGGCCCUGCAAUGUUGCUGAAUUUCAAUUUCCGUCAGCUUCAGCCAGUUUCCUGAUCCCUGCUCUAACAUGCGGCUUCCCCCCUCCUCCUUUUUUUAAAUGAAAAAACAAAAAUAAAAAACCAAUUCAUCGAAAGCAACAACGACAGCAACUCAGGUCCUUCCAACCUUUGGGACAAUUGCUUUGAAACUUGUACUUUUCUUUUCAACAUUCUCCUCUCAGUAUUAGUGGCUGUCUGAUACGCCUAGAUCAGCCCUAGCAUUUGGAAAUAUAUUUCACUCCCUCAAUAAACAUGAACAAUUUUUACAUUA